CACGGUCGUUUUAAUCAGUUUUGAUUAUACACAACUUGAACAGCCUCCUCAGUUCAAACUAUCACGCAUAUAAUUUUAAUUCCUUUUUUUUUUUUUUUCCUUUUUACAACAAACUAGUUUGAAUGGAAAAAAAUAAAUCCUCUACGAGAAAACGAUAAAAAAAAAGACAAAUAAAAUACAGACUACGACGGCAUCAAAUUUUUAUGUUUAAAAACUAGUCAUUCGUGUUUCGAAGCUUUCGAAGAGGAUACUAUUCUGACCAUCAGAAAAUAUGUCGGGUGAGAUAUUCAGCAGAAUGACAUUUUUAUUAUUAUUAUUAUCAUUAUUAUUGACAACUGUCAGAGGUGAUUCUUGUGAAAAGGGGGAAGAUGGUCACUGUAUGAUAAAUGAUGAUCCAUUAAUAAAUAUAAAUAAGAAUGAUGAUUCAUCAACUGGAACACUAUUUAAUCAAAUAACAGAUUGGGAAAAAGCUGAAAAUGUAUAUCAAUUUUACGCAAAUGAUAUUCACGGAAAUAAUAUAUCUCUUGCUAAAUAUCGUGGGCAUGUUAUGAUAAUUGUAAAUGUUGCCAGUGAAUGUGGUUUAACAGACGUUAAUUACAACCAGUUAGUUGAAUUAUACAAAAUGUACGGUAAUAGUAAAGGACUUAAAAUUCUAGCAUUUCCAUCAAAUCAAUUCAAUAAUCAAGAACCGGGAACAUCCGAACAAAUAUAUGAAUUUGUCAGUAAACGUUAUAAUGUUAAAUUUGAUAUGUUUGAAAAAAUUGAUGUUAAUGGUGAAAAUGCACAUCCUCUUUGGAAAUGGUUAAAAACCCAAAAAGAUGGUUUCAUAACCAAUGAUAUAAAAUGGAAUUUUACUAAAUUUAUAAUUGAUAAACAAGGAAAAGUUGUAUUACGUUCAUCACCUACGACUGAGCCCAUUGCUCUGGAAGAUGAAUUAAAAAAAUUAUUCUAACUAUUAUAUAAUACUCUUUUUUUCUUAAUGUAAACAUAAACAUGACAAUAUGCAAUUUAUAUAAUUAAUCAAACUUGUAAAACAUAUAUAUAAUAAUAAAUUAUAUAAACUUA